GUUGCCCGCGCUGCAACCUGACACGCAGCCCUCUUGUUGCCAGCCGCGACCGCUCUCCCAGCGCUCACCCGCCUCCUCACUCGAGCUCUCUCGUUGGCGCUGUUCACCACGUCCGUCUCGAGUCGCUGCUGGUAGCCCUGCUCUCUCGACACGCGUCUUGGGCGUCAUGCGAUCCCAACAACACGCAUCUUGAGCACCACAAAACACACACACCACACAGUACAGAGCCUGCUUGCCAGAGUAUGACAGACGUCUCGGCGGUCCAGGCGUAUGCUGAUGCUCAGCCGACUCCCCUCGCCCUCUACGGCGGCCCUCCGCCGCCCACCUUCGCCCAUGCCUCGCCGCCCCUAGACGGCGUCAUCGAGGAGGAAGAGUCAUCCACAAUCAAGUGCAUCUGCGGCUAUGCUGACGACGACGGCAACACAGUGCUGUGCGAGAAGUGCGACACGUGGCAGCACAUUGUGUGCUACUACGAGUCUGCUCAGCAUGUCCCCGACGUGCACGAAUGCGCCGACUGCCUGCCGCGUCUCGUCGACGCAAAGAGCGCCUCUGAGAAGCAACGCAUCCGGCGAGAGAUGCACAACAUCGGUGAGCGCAAGGGCAGGCCAAAGGCAUCUGCCAAGAACCCCAAGAAGCGACCCAAAGACUCGUUAGCUCCGGUGCAACCCAACGCAUGGCCGACGCAAACCAACGGCGAUCUCCACUAUACCCCUGACCGCAAGAGCGGAAGCCCACGAGACCAGCCGCCUCCAAGCAAACGGCCCAAGACGAACCAUCGCGCCUCUGGAUCCAUGAGUCUCGUUAGCCAGGCCCCGGCCCUUGCACCCACAUCGCGGAAACGCGGCGCAUCCAUCGUGCUCAACGGCCACAGCCCCGUCAAGUCCCCCUCGAAUCCCGAAGCUCCCGUCGAGGACUACUCGUACGAGUUUAUGCAUCUCUACCGGCAGCCUGAGCCGCCCUCUGCCGAGUCCAACUCGUACACGCGCAUCGAUGUAGCUAACGACAUUGCCAUGUGGCUCCAGGACCCAGAAGCCCUGGCCGAAGCAAGCGGAGGCAAGAAGCCACAGGACAUUUUUUCACGCAUUGAUAGCACCAUACAGGAUCUCGAAACCAAAACUGCGCCAGAAAUCGUGAAACAGACAGAUGUCGACUCGGCUAUACUAGCGCAUGGCCUGCAUCCCCAGUGGCAUUUCAUCACCGCAGAGACGCCAGUGCCGGAAGGCGGCUAUGUGGGCGAGCUCAAGGGUCUCAUCGGUCGCAAAACCGACUACUAUGCGGACCCGUCAAAUAGGUGGGAUUUGCUGCGUCAUCCCGAGCCUUUUGUCUUUUUCCCUCCCCACCUGCCCAUCUACAUUGACACGCGGCGCGAAGGCAACCUGCUACGAUAUGCUAGGAGGAGCUGCAACCCCAACAUGUCCAUGAAGAUCCUCAUUGACUCGAGCAACGACUACCACUUCAGCUUUCUAGCCACACGCGAAAUUAGCCCCGGAGAAGAGCUGACGGUUGGCUGGGACAUUGACUCGGAGGUGCAAAAGCAACUGGCCAAGGUGGUUACCAACGGUGCCAAAGAAGGCUUCAGGAGAAUCCAGCCCUGGGUCUCGUGUGUCCUCGCAAACUUUGGCGGCUGUGCUUGCGACAUUUCCAACGGCAACGAGUGCCUCUUGGAGCGUGCCCGUCGCAACACCAUUACAGAGCCAGCCGCCCUCAAGACCAAGAGCAAGAAGAUGAAGAAAUCACAAAUAUCUCCCACCAGCACCGGCCAUGCGACCAACAGCCGCGCAGGCAGCGAAUCGGCCAACCGCGACGCCGUCGACGAUGACCAACUAGAUGCCCAUUCUACGUCUGGUUCACACAAAUCAAGCAGUCGCGACAUUACGCCCGCAACCCACGUUUCCUUGGACGGCGACCUCAAACUAUCGGAGCGUGAGAAGAGGAAGAUCCAGCACCAAGAGCUUCUAUUCCAGAAGCUCGAUCACGACGAGCACAAGGGCAAGAGGAAGCGUACGAGCGCUGGAUCUAACCUCAAUACUCCAAGCGCCCCAUCCUCGAGACGUUCUGGACACCCCGAGCCUUCGCCGUCAGCUCGUCAUCGGGAACACAGCCACGGUGUCGCUCGCAAAACCUCUGGCAGCUCCACAAAGACCAAUGGACGCACGCCAUCAAGACCAAAGCCCGUUUAUGUAGACGCAUCGACACAGACGGCCGAUGACGAGAACGUGAAGCCUCAAACUUGCGUUAAGCCACGCCAGUUGAAACCUCCCAUGUCGUUCAAGCGCAAACUUUUGCAGCAGGCCCAAGAGGAUAAGCUGCAGCGCGAGCGAGUCCGGUCCACGUCGGUAAAGAGGGAGGCCAGAUCGCCAGCCUUGAAGGACGUGUCUUCGAACAAACCUUCUCCACUUCCGCCGUCACCGCCACUCGAAGAGCCUUUGGCCAUGGAUACGUCGACAGAACCUCUACCCGACACGGCACACAAAGAGCUCACACCUGCAAAGGAACCCACGCCUGAACCUUCAGUAGACAUUGAGAUGACGGAUGCUGAAGUCUCUGCCCCCAUGCGCCCAGAACCAAAGACGGAAGAGCUACCCGAUGCGCCCAGACCAGAGACUCCACGGGAAGCUUCGUGUCCGCCCACCCAACCACACGCUCCACCGUGGUCGGCCUCGACGCCAGCCGAGCCGUCGCCAAAGUCCGUCUCAGCCCCCGCACCACCGUGUGCUGAUGUGGAAGUGGAAACUCCGGCAAAGCCGGAUCCCGUCAGCACGGCCAGCAACCCUGUUGUUGCUCCGGCAUCGACACCCGCACCUUUGACUGAAAAUAACGUUGCGCCGUCGCCGGGUGCAUCGACAAUCGCGUCUCCCUUCUCCCCUGCUGUCAACAAUGCUGUCAAGCCGACGCCGGCUCGCAAGAAGCUCAGCUUAAGUGACUACACUAACCGCAAUCGCAAGACCAAGUUGGCGCAGACACAGUCGACUGGUACAAACGCCACGCCACCACUGGCUCCAUCGCAAUCCACAAGCUCGCCAACCCUAUCUACGGCCAGCCUUCCCAAUACCAACUCUCCACCGCCCAAGGCCGUGGAACCUGUCCUAGCACCCGUAGCAGAGGAGACGAAGCCUGCCGAGGUAUCUGUUGCACCUACCAUAACGGCUACUUCUACUUCGACAUGA